AGCUUGGAGUCGUCCACGUGCAAAGGCAUCGGCCCCGUGGCUUGGCGUGAGAACCGCGAUCAUGGGGCGCAAGUUGGACCCGACUCAGAAGGUGAAGCGGGGCCCGGGGCGCAAGGCUCGUAAGCAGCGCGGGGCCGAACAGGAGCUGCUUCGUUUCCUGCCGCCUGAUCCCGAAGAUGGUGCAAGAAAGCUGUCGGGCCAUGCACGGAGAAGAGCUGCAAAACGUCGAAUCAAAGCUGCCAGGCCACCCACUGGCAAGACUGCCAAGGUGCUCCAGGAAUCUCCAGCUUCUAGUACUGAAAGUAAGAGUUUCGUUUCCUUUCUGCAGCUCCUGCCCAUUGAGCGAGCUGCCCAGAAGCAGAAGAGGCAGGAUCUCAGUGAGGAAGACAGCGAGGAGGAGGAAGAGGACGAGGAGGAGGAGGAGGAGAAAGAAGCACCCAAGCAGGAGGAGACCCAGGAAACAGACUUGCAGCUCAACGUGGAGGCAGACGAGCACUUUGUGCUGCCCAGCGGACAGGAGAUAGAGAAAGAAGCUGCUCAGCCCCCAGACCUCCAGCUCGUCCACCAGCGCAUCAAGGACAACAUCGAGGUGCUCCAGAACUUCGGCACGAAGCGGGAGGAAGGCCGCUCCCGGCAAGAGUACGUGACUCUCCUGCGGCAGGACCUGGCGACGUACUACUCUUACAGCGACUUCCUGAUAGGGAAGAUGAUGGAGCUCUUCCCGCUGUCGGAGCUGGUUGACUUCUUGGAGUCCAAUGAGGUUUCCCGGCCGGUGACUCUCCGGACCAACACUCUCAAAACGCGGCGGCGCGACCUGGCACAGGCUCUGAUUAAUCGCGGGGUGAAUCUCGACCCCUUGGGGAAGUGGUCCAAAACAGGACUCGUCGUCUACGACUCCUCCGUGCCCAUAGGUGCUACCCCCGAGUACUUAGCAGGGCACUACAUGCUGCAAGGAGCUUCAAGCCUUCUCCCAGUCAUGGCUCUCGCCCCUCAGGAGAAUGAACGCAUCCUGGACAUGUGCUGUGCCCCAGGAGGCAAGACCAGCUACAUAGCUCAGCUGAUGAAGAACACGGGUGUGAUCCUGGCCAACGACAGCAACGCGGAGAGAUUGCAGAGCGUGGUGGGGAACCUGCACAGGCUUGGGGUCACCAACGUGGUUGUGAGCCGCUGCGACGGGCGCCAGUUCCCCAAGGUGCUGGGGGGUUUCGACAGAGUCCUGCUUGAUGCUCCGUGCAGUGGCACCGGUGUGAUCGCCAAGGACCCCACAGUUAAGACCAAUAAGGACGAGAAGGACAUUCUGCGCUGUGCUCACCUGCAGAAGGAGCUCAUUCUCAGCGCCAUCGACUCGGUCAACGCUGCCUCGGAGACCGGGGGCUACAUCGUUUACUGCACCUGUUCGGUCACGGUGGAGGAGAACGAAUGGGUGGUGGAUUACGCCCUGAAGAAGCGCAACGUCCGCCUGGUGCCGACGGGACUGGACUUCGGCAAAGAAGGCUUUGUCAGGUUUAAAGAGCGCCGUUUCCACCCGUCUUUGAAGUCCACACGCCGUUUCUACCCUCACACGCACAACCUGGACGGCUUUUUUGUCGCCAAGCUCAAGAAGUUCUCCAAUGCAAUUCCUGUGGCGCCACAAGAGGAAGAACCCGCCAAGGAGCCAGGUGUGCCGGCUGCAAAGGAGAACUCUGCUCCGGCCGCCACUGCGACGCCUCUGCCGACUGGGAAGAAACAAGAGGGGCUGAAAGGCGCUAAGAAGCAGACUGCAAAACAGGUGAAUUCGGCAUCGACGGCCACCAAAACGCAGCCUCAGGGAGAGUCCAGAGAGAAGAAGCAGAAGAAAUGGGCGCUGGCUGCACGGCGGGGCUCCUUCCAGAAGCGGCCCAGACCCCCAAAGGCCGCCCAGCCUUCUCCCAGAGGGCCGAGGGCCCAGGCAGGCCCUGGCAAGAAGCGACGAGUGCCCCGGAACCGCCAGUAGGGGCCUUGCAUUGGCCAGCACUUCUCUGGAGGCUCCUGGCCGGUGCCCAUAAGACUAGUGUGUGUGUGGGGGGUCCCAUCCAAGGUAUAUGUUCUGAUGCUAUUUUGUGCUGGACUGGCCUUUGGGCGCUCCCCUAGAUAUGUACUGGGCCCAGUUUCUGGUAUUUAAUUUAA